CCCGCGGGUUCUGCAACGGGAGGGUUCUCUUGCUCUCCCCGUUAGAGAGAAUCCCCUCGCUUCCUUCAAUCUAUCUAACACCAUCUGAACACAUCGAACAUCAUCUAUCGUCCCCCUCUCCGCACGCCGAACCCGAGUUCCACCUCCCAGUGCUCUGCUGGCCCAGGAAACCUCCAUACCUCCAUACGUAUCUAGUACCUGCCGAUCUCCUCAGCUCUACGGGCAUCCAGCCAAGUUCCAAAAACGAAAAUGGGGCUCGCAUACAACGUCUACCUCUCCUCCACCAAGAUCUACGGCUGCAAGGUGUGCAAGACGCACCUCUCCAACCACGACGACAUCAUCAGCCGGAACUUCCGUGGCCAACACGGCAAAGCCUACCUCUUCGAGACUGUCGUCAACAUCAGUAUCGGCGACCCGGGCGAACGCAGCAUGACGACCGGCAAGCACAUCGUGCGCGACAUCGCCUGCAAGCAGUGCAACGAAACAGUCGGCUGGAAGUACGACAAGGCCUACGAGCCGUCCGAGAAGUAUAAGGAAGGGAAGUUCAUCCUGGAGGCCGAGCUGCUUUGCACCGUGACGUAAGGGUGCGGGGGUCCUGAGGCGAGGGCUGAUGAUGAUUAUGAUGGGUUGGAGUAUGGAUUUGUAUCGGCGCUGGUGGGGAGGGCGUAUGGAUAUGGCGUUUGGCGUCGUUUAUAUCUCGAAAGGCGAGGCGAGCGUAUGAAGAGGAGCCCGUGGUUCUCAUCAACAACUAAGGUGCCCUCAUCACUCAAACUCGUCUCGCUCGGAGUAAGGCAUGCUACUCGCAGCCUGACAAAUGGCGUAGUCCGGAACAGGUAAUGGGACAAACACUUAAGUUUACUGAACGAUUUAUAUAUGGCAGUCCAACGCUCAACGGCAACAUUUUACUCUACUCUUCGGCUUCCGAACGCCCGGAUCGCAGGCGCCAUACCAUCCCGCGAAUCGUGGGGUGCCAUGGCUCCGUUACGUGACCAUGUUAUCAAA